GUGUUGUGUUUUUGUCGUGUCGUAUAAAUCGAAAGCAAUUGAACUUGACGAGGGUUAAGUGGGCCCAACCCUUUGAUAUUGAGGGGAUUUGUCACUGCAAAGGACUUUCUUAUUUUAUUAACAAUGGCUGAGCCCAAAGCUACUAAGAACCUGGCUCAGCUACCAAUCGAAAAGAAGGAACAGUUCCUCGAUUCCUUCGACACAAUUCAAACUGACUGUGAUGGCGUCCUGUGGCUUCUGAGCGAAUCAUUUUCCGGCGUUGACCAAGCCAUACGUGCGCUUCGGACCAGUGAGAAAAAGAUUCUGUUUGUUUCGAACAAUAGUGUCCGUACGAUGGAGGAUUAUCGUAAGAAACUGGACAAGCUGACGGACUACACCGUGACCGAUGACGACAUCAUUCAUCCGGGCAAACUUAUCAUCGAGUAUCUGCGGGAGAGGAAAUUCGGACAGGCGCUUUGUUAUGUGAUAGGGAGCGCCAAUUUGAAAAAAGAUCUUCGCGAGGCCGGCUUCAAUAUAAUCGACGGACCCAACGAUCCAGUUCCGGAAGCAAUCGCGAAGAUAAUUCCGAUCAUCAACGACAAGCAACCGGUGAAGGCCGUGAUUGUUGACUUCGAUUACAACUGCAACAACAUCAAGUUGCUGCGGGCUCAGCUUUAUCUGCAGCAUGACGGCGAUUGUUGGUUUAUCGCGGGGGCAAUGGACAAAUCGCUUCCAGUCAGUCCCCGUAUGCGCCUAAUCGGUCCCGGCUGGUACAUCGAAACACUUCAGAACCAGGCGGACAGAAAACCUAUCGUUCUAGGAAAGCCGGGACGCGAUAUGAGCAGAUUGAUGAGCCGGCUCUAUCCGGUUGAGGACGCUCGUCGAGUGUUGUUUGUCGGUGACCAACCGGAACUAGAUAUCAAGUAUGGAAGCUUAUCCGGCUUUCAAACUUUGCUAGUCGGCACCGGCGGUGUGAAACAGGCAGACCUGAGGGACCUACAGCACGAUCAGGAGCUCGUUCCCGAUUACUACAUCGACGAGUUUGCGAGCCUAGAGAAAAUCGUACUCGAAGUGAAGGCCUACAAGGCACAAAAGAGCAAAUCUGUGCUGUGAUUAGGGAGUGUCGAAAGAAUUAUUGCUUCGCCCCAGAGAGACCGGAUGUUACAGGAGAUUCUAUCGCGGGUUCAGCAACAACGUUCCUUAUUUCAUGUUCCAGUUUCGAGCGGCUAUCUAAUCUCGAAUCAAUAGGCGUCCAUGUAUUCAUGAACCCCGUCACAUUUACAAUACAAAGGCACACAGUUUCGCAUUUAUUAUCUUAUCGUAGGACGAGCAAGGGAAACCCUGGGGCCUAUUCAUUCCGGCUGUCUACUGUUGCCUAAGAUUAUGCAAUAC